UCACAUGUAUUUUAUAAAUUGUGAUAUCAUUCUCCUGUGUGAUCUCUCUCUUUUCUUCUUCUUCUUCUUCUUCAAUUUUUCUCUUUACACUUCACAUUUUCUCACCUUUUCUUUUCUUUCUUUCUCUAUACGAAUAGAAAAGAAAGUUAGGGUUUUGGUUUCUCUCUCAUUUUGACACAGGAAAAGAAUAUCACGGAGAGACAAUAGAAACAGUAACGCAUUCCAAAUUACGCGUACACCUUCAUAGGUGAUGAUGAAUUCAGACUCUACGGAUCAGAAUCCUGUUAGGGCAUAGUUUUUUUCCUUCAUCUUUCUCCCUUUUUCUUUUUCCAGUUUUCGGCACUACUUUGAAACUGAAUUUAGAUUUCGGUUUCGGAUUUUAGGAGAUUCAAUUUUUUUUUAUUUUAUUUUUUUGGGGUAAUUAUGUGUAUUUCGUGAAAUUAAAGAGUGAUUAUUUCUUAUCUAUACGUGGUAAUUUUGAGUGUGGAUAGUGUGAGGUGGGGUAGGGAUUGUGUGAGGAUGACGGAUUUUCAACCUUCACAACAAAAACCUGAAUCAACCGAUGAUGCCCGCGCUGAAUUCGAGCGGGGAUUGGAGGAAUUGAUGCGUGGCCACUUGGAUGAUUGUAUGUCGUUUGCGUCAUGUAGCACCACUCGUAAUGCCGAGGAGGAGGAUGAUGAAGGGGAUCAGCUUGUCCGCAGGAGACGUAGGUCUGAUCUAGAGGGUGAUGACCUGGCCGAAUCAUCUGCUGCUAGGAGACGCCACUCCCGCAUUUUAAGCCGUUGGGCUGCUCGCCAGGCACAGGAGAUGAUAACCACUAUUGAGAGGAGGAAUCGUGAAUCAGAGUUGAUGGCGCUUGCGGGUUUGCACACAGUUUCCAUGCUUGAUUCCUCAUUUUUGAGGGAGUCGCAGUCGCCCACUUCAAGGAGGCAGGGAGCUGUUGAACGGCCUACUACUCAGGCAUCCGCUAUUCUUCAAAUGUGGCGGGAGUUGGAGGAUGAGCAUUUAUUGAAUAGGGCACGGGGCAGAGUGAGGGAGAGAAUGAGACAGCAAAGGAGUGUGGAGUCCAAUACAAAUAUGUCAAGUACAAACAUGUCAGAGAGCCGGGGUAGUGAGAAUCCAGGAAGCUUGGUGGAUGCAAGUGAGAGCGAGAAUGAAUUUGUACCUUGGUCACAUGAGCAGCUGGACACACAGAAUGAGAAUGGGGAUACUAAUGGGUCUAGUAGGGAGCAAUCUCCUGAUCUUGGUGAAGUUGAGAGGGAGAGGGUGAGGCAGAUUGUUCGAGGAUGGAUGGAGAGUGGCAUUAGCGAUCGUACAUCUAACGUGUCCCAAAGGAAUGACAGUCCUAGAGGGGAAUGGCUCGGUGAGACAGAACGUGAAAGGGUCAGAAUUGUUAGGGAGUGGGUGCAGAUGGCAAGUCAGCAGCGAGGAGGUCGUGGGGGACGGAGGGAAGAGCAGACUGCUGGACUUGAUGCACAGGUUCGUGAUGGUUCAGCUGCUGACCAUGAUGAAGGGCAACCAGAGCAUAUUCGUCGGGACAUGCUGAGGCUUCGUGGAAGACAAGCCCUUCUUGACCUACUCGUGAGGAUUGAGCGUGAAAGACAGAGGGAACUUGAAGGAUUGUUGGAGCAUCGAGCUGUCUCUGAUUUUGCUCAUCGCAACCGCAUUCAGUCAUUACUGAGAGGUAGAUUCUUGAGGAAUGAAAGACCUGAUGAAGAAGAGAGACCACCUUCAAUGGCUGCGAGUGAAUUAGUUCAAUUAAGACAACGUCACACGGUAUCUGGAUUAAGGGAAGGGUUCCGUUUCAGGUUGGAAAAUAUAGUUCGUAGCCAAGCAAGUGGCCAUUCUGAUAGCAUACCUGAUAAUAAUGUCACUGAUUCUGGAAAUGAUUGGAAUCAGACACACACUUCUCAGAAUAUCCAAGUUGAAGCCAAUGAGCAAUUGCAAUCUACAAGUCAAGAAAAUGACAUCCAUCGGCUGUCUGAUCAAACAGACAACUUACAAAGCAAUGCAGCUGCCAAUAACAUGAAUUGGCAAGAAACGGCAGGCCAAGCUGGGGGUUGGCAGGGACAAAUUACAGAUGAUGAGGAACGUAAUUGGCAACAGUCAGACUACAGUCGAUUCAAUGAAUGGAGAAAUGGUGAUGCUGAACCAAUAGACAGGAAUUGGCAAGAGAAUUCAGUUAAUGACUGGCCCCAGGAAACAACUGGAAAUGUACAGAGUGAACAAAGUCGCCCACAAGAAGCUCCAAGAAUUUGGCACGAGAAUGUUUCUCGCGAAGCUGUUGAGAAUUGGACACAGGGGCCUUCUGAUCCUCCAAGAACGCGCCGAGCUGUUCCAAUGAGAAGAUUUAAUAGAUUUCACCCACCUGAUGAUGAUAAUGUGUACAGUAUGGAACUUAGGGAACUUUUGAGCAGGAGAAGUGUUUCUAAUCUUCUUCGAAGUGGUUUCCGUGAAAGUUUGGACCAAUUGAUACAGUCAUAUGUGGAUAGGCAAGGUCGUUCUCCCAUUGAGUGGGAUCUGCACAGAAACUUGCCAACACCGACUCCCACUUCACCAGAGCAGGAUGAGGACCAGCAGAGAGAUGAACAAAAUGAGGAUCAGCGUGAUGGUAUGAACAGACCUUCAUUAGUUUUGCCAGCUCCACCUGUUCCCCCACCUCAGCCUCUUUGGCACCAGGAUUUGCAUCAUACUAGCUGGUCUCGCCAUAGCAUGCAACGCUCGGAGCUUGAGUGGGAGAUGAUUAAUGACUUGAGAGCUGACAUGGCGAGACUUCAGCAAGGAAUGAAUCACAUGCAGAGGAUGCUGGAGGCCUGCAUGGAUAUGCAACUUGAGUUGCAGCGUUCUGUCAGACAGGAAGUGUCUGCAGCUCUGAAUCGAUCAGCUGGUGAAAAAGUGUUGAUUGCUGAGACAUCUGAGGAUGGAUCUAAAUGGGGCCAUGUCAGGAAAGGGACAUGUUGCGUCUGUUGUGACAGCCACAUUGAUUCUUUAUUGUACAGAUGUGGUCACAUGUGCACUUGUUCAAAAUGUGCAAAUGAAUUAGUUCGUGGAGGAGGAAAGUGCCCAUUGUGUCGAGCACCGAUUGUUGAAGUGAUCAGAGCAUACUCCAUACUGUAAAGAGGAGGUAAAGAAAGAAAGCAAAUAAUUGAGAAAUUGAAUAGAUUUUGUGAUGAAGAUGGGAGGAGGAAGCAUACUCCACAAGGCCAUAUCUAUUAGAGCGUCACAGAUGUUGCCACAGGUUUUCUGAAUAUAUAUGGAAUGUUGUGCAAUGUGUAAUUGGAAUAACAAAUGGCACUCAAUUCUUCAUUCUUCCGUAAAUAAAAAUGUUUUGUCAAAAAUUCUUUUCA